AAGACCACUCAACAACAAAAAAUGUGAAACUUCAUUUUCUUGCCACAAUAAUCUGCCCUCCCGUGACAGCGAUGGGACUCUUACCCCACACCAGCCCCGUGCCCUGGUUUUUACUCCUCACUCUCUUUUACGUGGGGCAAUUUAGAUCGGUUGGGGCUGAUCACUGUGUCUGGUAUGGGGAGUGCGACCCGACCCCAAAAUUGCCUGACAAAAAAUAUAACUGCAACUACACAGGACCCCCUCAGCCACUGCAUCCUGAAGGAUAUGAACUCCUCGCGGAGCUUUGUCCUGGUUUAGACUACGGUGACCGGGCUAUCUGCUGUAAUGUUGACCAGUUACGCACUUUAAAAGGAAGUCUGCAGCUGCCCCUUCAGUUCCUGUCUCGGUGUCCCGCCUGUUAUUUUAACCUGAUGACCCUGUUCUGUGAGCUGACAUGCAGCCCUCAUCAGAGCCAGUUCAUGAAUACAACUUCAUUCAGCGGAAAAAAUGUAGUAGAAGUCCAGUACUACAUUGGACAAAGAUUUACAGACGCCAUGUACAAUGCCUGUAAGGAUGUCCAAGCACCCUCUAGUAACGUCAAGGCCCUGUCACUGCUCUGUGGGAAAGACGCCAGUCAAUGCAAUGCCACCAACUGGAUUCAAUACCUAUUUGAUAUCAAUAAUGGGCAGACACCGUUCUCAAUAGUGCCCAAAUUUUCAGAUACACCUCUCGCAGGCUUUAACCCCAUGAACAACCGUACAUUUAACUGCACCGAGGGCCUGGAGGACGGGUCGGGCCCCUGCUCCUGUCAGGACUGUACCCCGGCCUGUGGUCCCACACCGGUCCCUCCCCCUCUGCCCCCUCCAUGGACCAUUUUGGGGAUGGAUGCAAUGGUGGUCAUCAUGUGGGUCUCAUACAUGGGCUUUCUCCUGGUCUUUGUGGGACUUGUGGUUGGAGCUUGGUGCUACAAGAAAAGGACAAUCAUGUCAGAAUAUGGCCCCAUUCUGGACAGCAACAGCCCACUAUCUCUGAACAGCAGUGACCCCGAUCAAGUGAAUGCAUCCUGUUGUGAGAGACUGGGCGAGCGCUUUGAGAACGCCAUGCGUGUUGUCUUCAGUUCCUGGGGGUCUUUCUGCGUGCGCUACCCCCUGCUGGUGAUCCUGGGCAGUAUCAUCCUGGUGGCAGUGUCCUCUGGUGGCCUGGUUUACAUGCGUAUCACUACUGACCCUGUGGAGCUGUGGUCAUCUCCCAGCAGCCAGGCCCGCAAAGAAAAGGACUACUUCGACAGCCAUUUUGGACCUUUUUUCAGAACGGCUCAGCUGAUCAUUACAACACCUCUAAACAUUCCCGAUGUUUACAAGCCAUACAUUCCUGGGCCAGAUGUGCCGUUCAACACUAUUCUGACCAAAGAUAUUCUUCAUCAGGUUUUGGAUCUGCAGCUCGACAUUGAAAACAUCGUAGCAACCUUUGAAGGUCAAAACGUGACACUGAAAGACAUCUGUUUGGCUCCUUUGGCUCCGUACAAUAACAACUGCACUAUCCUGAGUGUGCUGAACUACUUCCAGAACAGCCACGAGGCCCUGGACCGAACCGUUGGAGAUGAGUUUUAUGUGUAUGCCGACUACCACAGCCAUUUCCUUUACUGCGUCAGUGCACCUGCCUCUCUGAACGACACUACCCCCCUCCAUGACCCCUGUCUUGGGACGUUUGGAGGUCCUGUGUUCCCCUGGCUGGCUCUUGGGGGCUAUGAUGGGACCAACUACAACAAUGCUACAGCACUUGUUAUCACAUUUCCACUUAACAACUACAAAGAUGAUGAUGUACAUAAAGGCAAGGCUAUGGCUUGGGAAAAAGAGUUCAUCAGAUUCAUGAAAAACUACCGCCAACCCAACCUGACAGUGUCCUUCAGUUCUGAGAGGAGCAUUGAAGACGAGAUCGACAGAGAGAGCAACAGUGACAUAAGCACUAUUAUACUGAGCUACGCCAUCAUGUUCGUCUACAUUUCCUUGGCUCUGGGACACAUUGAAAGCUGUAGGCGUGUCUUGGUGGACUCCAAGAUUUCUCUCGGCAUAGCAGGUAUCCUGAUUGUCCUUAGCUCUGUAGCAUCUUCUCUGGGUCUUUUCAGCUACUUUGGUGUGCCCCUCACCCUCAUUGUGAUUGAGGUGAUCCCAUUCUUGGUUUUGGCGGUCGGAGUGGACAACAUCUUUAUUAUAGUGCAAACCUACCAGAGAGACGAGCGUAUGCCACAAGAGGAGCUUCACCAGCAGAUCGGCCGUAUCCUUGGAGAUGUGGCCCCGAGCAUGUUCCUCUCCUCCUUCUCUGAGACUGUGGCAUUUUUCCUCGGAGCCCUGUCCAACAUGCCCGCCGUGAGGACCUUCUCUCUGUUCGCUGGUUUGGCCGUUUUUAUUGAUUUCCUGUUGCAGAUCAGCUGCUUUGUCAGCUUACUCGGCCUGGAUGCCAAGAGACAGGAAGGGAAUCGUUUGGACAUCCUUUGCUGUGUCAAACUAUCAGAGGGUCAGGAAACCAAAACCGAUGGAUGCCUCUUUAGAUUUUUCAAGAAAGUCUAUGCUCCCUUUGUGCUCAAAGAGUGGGUGCGACCUGUCAUAGUGGCAGUAUUUGUUGGCAUGCUCUCCUUCAGCGUUGCCGUGGUGAACAAAGUUGAAGUUGGACUGGACCAGAAAUUAUCAAUGCCUGAUGAUUCGUAUGUGUUGGAUUACUUCAAAAACCUGUCAGAGUACCUCCACACUGGGGCUCCUGUGUACUUCGUGGUGGAAGAUGGACUUGACUACAGGAGCCUGGAGGGACAAAAUGCUGUGUGCGGUGGAGUGGGUUGCAACAACAACUCUCUGGUCCAACAGGUCUACACUGCCUCACAGAUUAGCAACUAUACUACGAUUGGAUUCACACCAUCGUCUUGGCUUGAUGAUUACUUCGACUGGGUGAAGCCACAGUCCACCUGCUGUCGCUACUAUAACAGCACAGGGGCUUUCUGCAAUGCUUCAGUGGUGGAUCCAUCUUGUGUCCAUUGCCGGGACAUGACUCCUGAAGGAAAGAAGCGGCCGACCGGAGAUGAAUUCAUGCACUUUCUGCCAAUGUUUUUAUCAGACAACCCCAACCCCAAAUGUGGAAAAGGUGGUCAUGCAGCCUAUGCUUCAGCAGUGGACCUGGUUAAUAAUAACACAGAUGUUGGAGCGUCGUACUUCAUGACAUAUCACACCAUUUUGAAGGAGUCUCCAGAUUACAUCAAUGCUUUGAAAAUGGCUCGCACUCUGGCUCAGAACAUCAGUGCUGCCAUGAAUCACACAGUGUUUGCAUACAGCGUGUUCUACGUCUUCUAUGAGCAGUAUCUGACCAUCACCUAUGACACUGCUCUGAACCUGUGCGUGUCACUGGUGGCCAUCUUCGUGGUUACCACGGUGCUGCUGGGCUUUGAGCUGUGGUCGGCCGUCCUCGUCAGCUGCACCAUUGCCAUGAUCCUGGUCAACAUGUUUGGGGUCAUGUGGCUCUGGAGUAUCAGCCUCAAUGCAGUUUCUCUGGUCAACUUAGUCAUGAGUAUUGGUAUCUCAGUGGAGUUCUGCAGUCACAUCGUGCGAGCGUUCACCAUCAGCAUCAGAAGCAACAGAGUGGAGCGAGCGGAGGAGGCACUGGCACACAUGGGCAGCUCCGUGUUCAGUGGUAUCACACUGACGAAGUUCGGAGGGAUCCUGAUAUUGGCUCUGUCCAAAUCACAGAUCUUCCAGGUCUUCUACUUCAGGAUGUACCUCGCCAUUGUCCUCCUGGGGGCAGCACACGGCCUCAUCUUCCUCCCUGUGCUCCUCAGCUAUAUAGGUCCUUCAGCCAACAAGGCCAAGGUGGCAGCAUUUAACAGACGGUUCGCUGGUACCGAAAGAGAACACCUGUUGAACUAUUAGCCAAAUGGACAUGAACUUUGAAGUGACUAUUGGAGUGGGUUUCUAUGAUUACUUACACUCAUUGUCUCAUUGUCGCUGACAUGCACAGGCUAACUCAGGAUUAUAUGCUUCAAAAUGCAUCAUCUCCCUAAAAACCAAGGACCGAACCAGGACUACAGAUGUCGAUUUACACUAUUUUUCAUCUUCAGUGUUCAAAUGCACUGAGCAACUGGAGCAAGAUGUGAAAGUAGGAGAGACACCACCCGUGUAACUGCAUUAUAAACCUCAUAGUUAUAAUCCUAACAGUUUGAUUUUGGAAAGGUAUAAAGGGUAAUACAGAAUAUUGUUUUUUUAAGAAAUGGAUACCAAGAACUUAUGUGUAAAGAUUUAUUUGUUUUUAAAGCUAUUUAACAGUUUGUAUACUGACUUGAACACUGACCAUCAUACCUUUUAAUGGGCCUGAGAAGUACCAUUUAUCUUGAUCUUAUUCAGAUAUUAGACAUUUGUAGCAUUUGCACCAAGCAAUAACGGUUCUGUUUUCUGGUAUGAUUUAGAUUGUAAACCCUUCUCUGCUUUUUAAUGUCCAAACAGCUCGUUUUGUAAGCAAAGUCUCAUGUUUUAGCUUGUUGCUCCUUACGCCCAGAAUAGGUCUCCACAGGCUGCAGUGUAGGCGUAGUGCAUCUCUGUCCAAGCUGCACCCACCAGCGCAGAUUUUACAGGCUUUUGUUGAGUCUUGUUGUCUUUUGUGUAAUUGUCUGUUGUUUUUGGUGAUAUGUUUUUAAACACACGCCUCAGAAUCCUCUGCAGAUUCAUGCUAAAUCCUCAUGCUUCUUGUUCUCACAAUAUUUUCUCUGUUACUGAAGAAAACACUUUAUUGUGCUCAUUUUUGACAUACGACUGACUCUAUAAUGCAAACACCGUGCAAUUCAGUGGUACAGUUUUUUGGCUUUCAUUCCAAGUUUGUUUUAACUUAUUUUUUAUGACAUGAUAAUUAACAUGUUUGUUGUUUUGAAUUAUCUUCUUCCAAUGCCCAUGCAUUAUGUUUUUAAAGAAAAAAAUUGGCUUCAAUAAAACUUGAUACUUGA